CAGCAAGGCCAAGAUCAGACCCACAGAUCGCCUAGAUAAUACCGUUUCCAGACUUGCGAGUCGCUUCCUUGGCGUUCAGCUUCAGUCUCGGAGAGCCGUUAAUUCGCCUGAGAACGUGGACCUCUGGUUGCCUGGUUGCUACUAACGUAGCUUGGACAUUAGGUUAGGCUUUCAGUCGUAUCGAAGCUACGGUGGUUUUUCCGCUGACAGCGGCGUACAUCUGAGCGCAGGGUGUUUCUCCUUGUCGCACGGCUAUCGUCCGAUUCCGCUUGACGUAAUGGCCGAUUCAGUGACCUUCGGAUCCAUCAGCCAUGGCCAGAUGUCGUUUCACAAUUGGCUCAUUCAAUCGCGAUACGUCAACGGCGGCGACGACUUGCAGGGGAGGCGGAGGAAGGGCAAGGCGCGCAGCACCAAGGGGGAAGAGCACGACCCGCGCAACGCGCAGGCGCACUCCCAUGCCGUGAUCGCCUCCUCCCUCAUGCUGCCACCAGACGCACUGCCGCUGUCAGGCAAGCGCAAGGCGCGGCGGUGGGUGAACGAGCGGCUGCUCAAGGACAUGGCGGGGCCACUCACGGGGCCCGAUGUCACCUCGCUCUAUGCGCCGCCGCCCUGGGGCGAGAAGACGGAGCGGCCAGUGCUGGAGCGGCUGUCAGACGUGUCUCUAGCCACGCCCUUUGAGGCAUUUGUCUGCCAGCAGUACCUUGCAGGGGCCACCUUCAACAAGCUGCCAUCCCGCAAGGCCAAGGGGAAGAGCAAGCGAGAGCAAGAGCAGGCUGGCACUGGCGACCAGCAGUCGGUGGCAGCAGCAGGGGCGGCAGCGGUGGCGGCCUCGCAGGCAGCAUGGAAGAGGGUGCCUGAAGCGGCGAGAGGGGCCAUGAGGCGUGCAGCAGACUGGGCUGUGGUGGGGUCCGUUGAGUCACUGUUGGUCGCCUUCCUGCAGCCACCUGCUGCUGCUGCUGCUGCUGCUUCGUCUGCUGCUGCUGCCACGGUUGCUGCUGACGCCACCACUGCCACUGCUAGCAGCGCUGUGGGCACGGCUUGCAGUGGCAAUGGGGACAUCAACCCCAGCACCGCGGAUGGCAGCAGGGAGGGCAGCAGCACUGCUCCGUGCGCAGCAGGCCUCGCUGGGGGUGGUGGUGAGGAGGAGCAGGAGGGGCAGCAGGAGGUGCAGCAGCAGCCUCAGCAGGAGGGGGUGCAGCAGGAGCUGGAGGGUGGGGAGAGGGAGCAUGACGAGCAUGGAGGGCUGGGGAGUGUGUUGCCGGAUUGGUGUGUGCAGGCAGCAUGGGGCGACGUGGAGAGUGCCCUGGGGGCGCAUGGCGUGAAGGGGGGCGCUGCAGAGCGAGGGGUGUUGGUGUUCGCUGCAGAAGACGCCUUCCUCAGACUGCUGCUGCACGGCAUGUGCCAGUUCCACGGCAUGCGCUCGCUCUCUCUCCCCGCGCCCCACCUGCCCGCCCACCUCCUCCUCGCCUUCCCCCCCCACCUUGCACCCUCCACUCUCACCGUCGCCUGGCUCCCCCUCGCCCUGCCGUCUCUCCCACCCGCCACUGCCGCACCCGCUCAUCAUAACACCCCACAUCCUCAGCCUCAAAGUCUGGCAUCCCCUCCGUCUCAAGAUAGCAGCUCUGUCACAGCAGACCACUUCAUUCUGCCCUCCCACCACGUGCGCCUGCACCACAUACUGCCCGCCUGCCCACUGCCUGUUCGCACAUAGCAUAGCUUUCUCGAGCUCACUCGCGUGCGGAGAGCAUGAAUGAACCUCUCUCCACACUUGAAGCGCUCCACGGGGUGCUAGGCUGCUACCACUGUUCCUGGCAGCAUGCAGAAUUCUUUUCCUCCAGCGGAGAAAGCUGUCGGCCAAGCGGCAAAGAACCACGGCCUCCAGCGUCACGCUUGACAGAACCAAUCGCCUCCUCUGCUUCAACGCCUCUGCCUAUCCUUCGCGUCACCCUGACCUAACACGGACCUGGUUGUUUAACGAUAGUUAUUGCCGCCCUUAGUCACUCGUGUUUGUCAGGAUUGCGGUUCGCGGUACAGGGUGGAGAGAAGGCCUCUUCCUCCUGGCUCUCCGGCUGGACAGUCAGCGCUGCUGAGUGCUGAGCAAACAUUGUCUCGAUCCUGGGUAUAGUAGCACCAUCUGUGUUCCCAGUACGGAAUGUUUGGUUUGGUUAUUUAUGUAUGACCACUAAUAAAACUUGCUACAGAAG